AACCACGCAUCUACCGCUGUCGGUUCUGGAAGACUUCUGGGUCCGAAUAACCUUAAACCACCACCACCCACUGCGGCCAGCUAUCGCAACUCCAACCUUUGAACCCUAUUACUGUGCUGUGUACUCCGUACAGUUCGCCCGUGCUGUGCUGCUCUCCUUGGGUCUCCCUUCUUGAGAUUCUCUUGUCGCUUUUUUUUCGAUUCCUGUAUCGCAAGGACGCCGACAAUGAGCCUGCUCCUCUCUGAACACCUUGCCAACUGUCGUAGAGCUUGUGGUAAACCAACCACUUUUCCUUUGUUAUCGGCGUCGCCCGCCCCAUCAGCUCGUGCACUAUACCCCCUUGCAACGCCCAAGUCUAUCCCGGGUCUGACUUUGGUUUCUUGGAACAUGGGCUAAAAUAAGGGAGCUGAACUACGUUAACAUUUGUACUGACGCCCUUUCUCUUUUCUUUGCUUCCUUCUCCCUAGGCUCGAGGCUUCUGAUCUAGAUAUACUACAUUGCCCUCCUCCUCGAUGUCAUGCCGAAUAACUUCUGUCCAACAGGCUCAAGUCUAUCACAAGGUGCUGUACCACUUGUGAUCCAUCAUGACGAUCUGGAGCCCCACCGCGAUCUUGGUAGCUCUCCUCCUCCUCUACCUUGUUUCCUUUAUCCUCUUCGCCAUCAUCCGCAUCGCCACUGGGGUUUCCAUACAACGCGUAGGCUACUUCUCUCUCCGACGUAUUGCCUACUCGCCAAAGGAAGGGGUUGAAGUUAGCGUCCGCCUACUAGGUUUAUCUCUCCAUCGACCAUCGUUUGCGCAACCGACAUGGAUCAGCUUGCGGCUGAAAGAGCUGGCCUUGACUAUCGAUCCCCAAGUGCUUAACAGUGGCAGCCGUGAUGCGACCCAGGCCCCGCAGAGCGAGGAUUCCGAUACCGGUUCGGAGAAGGAUGAUGUGUUGGGCGCAGGUUUUCAAUCCCAAUCCGGACCCGGUCAUAAGACGCGGAGCAAGGCGUGGAAGCGGUUGACUGUGGUAAAAGAAUGGAUUAAGCGCUUGCAUCGAUGGAUACAAUGGCUGGUGAUAAUGGAUGUUGUGGCUUUAGAUACGAUUCUCAAGGUUGUGGAUGCCGGGGAGAUCCAUAUUGGAAGACUCACGAUGGCUGUUGACACAAGGAAGAAAAUGAUGGCAAGGGGGAAGCUAUUCCGACACAAGAAGGAUCCGCGUGGGGACCAGCGGCCAGCGGAAUGGAUUUUUAAUGUCCGGAAUAUUUUACUUGCCGCGGAUGGCUGCGAACCCGUCGAAAUUGUGGACAAUAUUGGCUUGAACAUCCAUGGCCUUCUCCAUAAGGAUUUGGAAGGCCUGAGGGAUGUCUCCAUUGCCAUUAAAGCUGGAAGAUUACAUGUUCCGUAUGACGACUUGAUGAAGCUGGCUACGAGCGUGAGGGCGUCUCUACCUGUUCCAAAGAAUGCUGCUGGCGAGCCAACCGAAAACGGGAUCUCCUUUGCAGAUAUCGUUGAGGAGCUCGAUCAGCCAGGGAGCCGUGAAGAAGCGAUCGUGCAGACCGUCGCCGAUUCAAGAGAGUUUCUCAGUUCAUUAUUACGUGGAAUACAAGAAAUACAGGUAGCGCUGAGCUUCUUCCGGCUAUCUCAAGUUGUCGAGAGCGUACAUCCGAAAAGGCCGCUCUAUCUCAAUGUUGUCACCCACGAAAUUGGGAUUGAUUUUCACCGGAUGGAUCCUAACCGCCCUGCUCAUCGCAUGUACUUUCAACGAGACGACAUUGCCCAUCAAGCUCUCCUUGCCGCUAUAUCAUUGUCCGUUUCACUCGACGACAAUAUGGGAGAAACGGAUAAGAUCCUUUACAUCCCCAUGGCUACAACUACCAUCAAGACCACGUUCCCCUCCAAGACUGUAUCGUACUCCGAGAACAGAGGGGUUGCUGAACGGAACACCAAUGUCCUUUUCGCCAAUCUCGUCGUGACCUCCCCUUCUAUUGAUGUUGAGCCAAAACAUCUGUCGCAAAUACUAUUCAUCCUCCAAAAGAGAAAAUCUCCCCCCCGAAGCAAGACCCGAAAUAAUCACAUUAUCAUUUCUCAUCUUCUACCAAAAGCGAGUAUCAAAUUAUCGGUUCAUGAGCCUGUACUUCGAUUUGUUCUUCCACUUGCAGACACUGGCCAGGAUCAUAGUUACAAUAUGCUCGUUUCCUCCAUAUCCUCCAUCUCCCUAGAUAUCGAAUCGUCACACUCUGCGGAGGAAGGAAUCCACUACUCCUUGUCUUCGAUCUACCGGGUGGCUGCCCACCAACUUUAUUACCAGACCUUUUUUGGAUCGAAAUAUCGUCUAUUAAAUACCGAAACAAUGGAAGUCAAGAUCCACCUCAACGCAUCUCCAGAAGUCUGUGUCGUCGCUUCCGGGAGUUUAAACACUUUUUCCAUCCAUCUGGUUAGUGGGGAAGUUAGCCGUGGUGUACAUCAAGUAAUCGACCAGUUCCAUUCACAUGUCCAGUCGACAAAGUUGUCGACAUCUCUUGAUGCCAACCCACCCAGCCUUCUAAGGCGCCUACCUCCGUGGCUUCUGCAAUUCCAGUUUGAGGCUUCCGGGUUUAGUGUUGAAGUGGCUGGGAUUGAUAACAGCAUCGGGACGACCACGCGUGGCAUGGUUCUGCAGCUGCAGGGGUGGACGGCCGAUUAUCAAUCGCAGAAAUCAGAGCCACAUCAAAGAUCGGUAAAACGUCGAACUCCAAGCCAUUCCACAACUACAGAUGAACAUUCGUUCCGAUUCACCUCAUCUUCUUCCGCCUCUCGAAAGUCUCUCCAAGGCCAGGCUGAUGGGAGACGCUUGGCAUUCCAUGUUCGUGGCCUGGAAGGAUUCGUGAUGGAGUCUGCAGAUUUCAUGGAGCCAGAGUCGUUCAUUUCUGUUCCCCGUUUUGAAGUGGCGUUAAGCACAUCGAGCGACCUACAAGGCCCUAUAUUCCAUAUCAACUCCACUGUUAAAGCGAUAUACCUUGACUGUUCCCUUUAUCGGUAUUAUGCUGUUGGGAUUGCCGUUUCUGUAUUACGGGAUGCCUUUCUACGUCCACGGACUGCCAAACCCUCAGCCCCGAGUAACCUGCCUGGCGCGACGAAAAAGUUUGGGCCUCUUGACGCUCCCAUUAGGCUUAUGUCGGCUGAGCUUAUUACCGUUGACAUAAAAGCAUCUCUAAUCCAGAUUAAAUGUACGAUGCCAGCGGAUCCUCCAAUGAUGCUCCAAAUAUAUGGAUUCGCUGCUGGGCGCCACCGGUGGUCUGCCCCCUUUAUGCGGUCACAGCUUAUUCGCCUCCAUGCCGAAGCCCCGAAGAUACAAGGCACAUGGGCUCGAAUCGUGAGUGUUAAUAACAUUCGAGUGGGGUUGCGGGAAACUCGACGGAAGCCAGACGGGAGCGUCAUUGAAGAGAAGUCUGUUGAUGUUUCUACGGAGUUCAUACGGGUUGCUGUACCUCAUCAGAUGAUAAUGUACCGCAUAUUCGACAACUUUAUCAACACCGCCAAAUCUGUGCAACAGCUGAAUCAUCGCUUCAAAACAAGGACGAACGAGUAUGUCCUGGAAAAACACCCCGAGGGACCGAAACGUGUACCAAGGAUUUCGCUUCGCAGUAAAGCUCUACUUUUUGAGCUGGAAGAUGAUGCUUUCGAAUGGAAAUUAGGGUGUAUUUAUCGUCUGGGUCUUCUAGAACAGAAGCAACGUCUGGCUCGAGAGGAAGCAUUCUACAUGAAAGCCAAAAGGCUAAAGGAACUCCAACAACGACAAGCAUCUUCUCGAUACCGGACGCAGUCGAGUCAUGCCAUUCCGGGCACUCGUUCUACGGCCCGUUCAAGAAAGAGGGGUGAGCAAGUGAGAAGCAAAAGCGCAGAUGGACGACCCCGUUCCGGAUCUGAACCGAGGGGACGAAGACCGACUCGGACUGUACGAUAUAAUCCUGAAGGCGUGCCGUCGAUAUCGGACUCGUUCAAAGUUUCUUCCGAAGAGGCGCUGUUCAAAUUACAAGAACAUAAUGCCAGGAGUUGGAGACUUCGAAUUGAUACCUCUAUGCGAUUUCAAAAUACUGCGAUUAAAGAAAUUAGAAGUAUGUUUUCGGGUGCAGAUGAACCUCCCGAGGAUAUGCAUGACGACGAAAAUAUCCUGAAUGUUCCCAAUAGACCUGGGCUCCUAUCGGCCCUGAUUAGUGAUGUGCAUCUCGUUAUUGAUAAACCUUCUUUCCCCAUCAAUGAAUAUCCACAUUUCCUGCAUAGGAUAGGAAAAGGCAUGCCCUUGGACAUGAAGUAUUCUCUAUUGAUCCCCAUGAACAUUCAACUGGACAUGGGCGAAGCGCGAGCAAACCUUAGAGAUUACCCUCUUGACCUACUACACAUCCCCGGCCUUCGCCACGGUCAAUCCCCCCGCCUCCCAAGUUGGUCUCUGCGGACCGAUGUCGUGAUCGCCGAAGAAUUCCGGGACUAUGAGUCCUCACGCCAUGUUAUGGUUAACAUUGUGCCACCAAACGAAGGGUCGGAUGGCGUCAUGCACACUGGGUUUUCCAUCGAUGUUCGACGAACGGUAUCGCCCGUCAAGACCUACUCAGAUGCCAUCUUUGAAAUUAAUACGAGUUUACCCACUAGCAUAUCUUGGGGGAUGUCAUAUCAACCUGUCAUUCAGGAUAUGAUGAAAAUCAUAGAGGGCUUUUCGAAACCGGAGAUUGACCCUUCUGAGCGUGUUGGGUUCUGGGAUAAAAUUCGUCUAAGUUUCCAUUCUAGAAUAAAUGUUGUUUGGAAAGGGGAUGGAGAUGUUCACUUGCGGUUGAAAGGUUCUCGCGACCCUUAUGUAGUCACUGGUUAUGGUGCAGGUUUUGUAAUGUGCUGGCGCAAAGACGUGCAGUGGGAGAUACACACAAGAGAUGACCCCAGAGAGUUUAUGGCGGUCACAGGUGGAGAAUACGUUCUCGCGAUUCCGGACUAUAGCCACCAAGCUCGCCAUUCAUACGAUGCAACUUUUGAUUCUGACAGUACAUCGCUCAGAUCAUCAAAGGAUGCCUCUCUUUUUAAAAAGGUUAUCAUGAAGCUCUCUGGGAAUGUCCGGUGGCUUUCCGGGCUUGUUUUCGAACGGAAUAUCAACGCUUCGGAACGCUCGUUUGAUUUCAAACCACAUUAUGAUGUUGUUUUGAAGAACCCACGAUACAUACCCCCCGACGACCUCAAGGAUUACGAUGCUUUCCGUGGAUUCCGAAGCAACCAUAUUCAUUUGUCACUUGCUGUUGUGGCCCCAGUAUCUCGAGUUUGGUCUGUGUCGAAUCGCGAACCGUCAACAAGCUACAAUACGGUCCAUUUGACACCAAGGUUCUUCACGCACUUUUUUAGCUGGUGGUCACUGUUUUCUGGGGUCAUGUCGUUGCCUGUUCGGCAGGGGCCCCUCUGGCCCGGUGUGACCAAAACGAGCAAGAAGUUUGGCCGCCAUUUGGCUACUGUCAAGUAUAAUUUGUUUCUCUCCCCACUGUUUGUGGCGCAUAUUUACAAGCACAAAGAUGCCGAGGACUACAGCGAGGAAGUGGUGUCUGCCACUGGAAUUAAAGUUCGCCUCGACAGCUUUAUGCUGGACCUCCAUCAACGGAGGGAGCUAGUCAAUGUGAUGGUUAAGGGACGCUCGAAACAAACCAAAGCGAGCACCAUGCGAAUCAACCGAGCCCAGCUGGAUUUCAUUUCUGCAGAUUUCAGAGCAGUAUCGGUGGCUAUUGCGGGAACAAACCUUGCAGACGUCGACGCUGCCGAUGGCAUCUUGUCCUCUUUUCAACAACCAACUGCUCCCGCUGAUUUAUCUCGAUUCACCAUUCCAGAUCAAGACUUCAACUGGGUUGAUAUGGAUGAUUUCGUUGAACUUGACUGGAUGCUCAUUUCAGAGUCCAAUCCUCGCACCCGAAUCCUACCUCUUGCAUACUCUCCUCGAUUCUCUUAUUUCCGACAAACAGACCAUGAGGAACGGGGUGUCGAUGAAACCGGUUACAGCCCCUUCGGAGACGAACCGUCACACCAUUGCGUGAUGUCACAAGACAAUGAUCCAAGAAGGGUACAGAUGGAACUAAUCAAGGAGCGCCUUGAUAGUCUUGAUGCACAAAUUGUCGCCCACAACCGGAUGAUCGGAGAACAGGAACUACGAGUUGUUCGGGAUAGUCAUGCUGCUGAUGGCCUCAAGAGCCAGUAUGAACUCUUCGUUAGACAGGGUGAAUCACUGCAGCGACGAAGAAAGUUUUUAGACGACGGGUUACAACGCCUUCGGAAACAGCUUGCGGGUGAUGCAGAGUCGAAUGGCCGAGGAAGUGAACGUAGCCACAGAACUCCAGCCUCAGCCAUGGGACAGUCGCCCUCAUCUGAACAAGGGAGCGACGAUGCUGAGAUCGAUGGGCUCUAUGCCUCACCAAAUGACGAGUUCAUUAGUGACUUCGACAACCGCUUCAUCAUUCACAAUAUUCAGUUGAAGUGGAACAAUUCUCUCCGAAACAUCAUUCUUCGCUACAUCCAUCAGGUCAGCCAGAGACGAGGGUUUGUUUAUUACAUGUCUCGACGAGCGGUAAAGUUUAUCCUGGAUAUCGUAGAAGAACAAGGAAAAUCAAAACUGCGAUCACGGGAGGCAGGCAAACAACCACCGUCUACGUCCGCGUCGCCGUCGGAUUCCGAUGAACAACAGCCUGACGACGAUGAAAUCUCAGUUGAAGAUCGCAUCGAGCAACUUCUUAACGAUGCCAAACGUUUUGUUAAUGCUGAUGACCCGACACCUAAGGAAACGAGACGCCAGUCAUCAAUUGCUGAAGCGGGCGAUAAAAUUGCCCCAGACUUCACACCGCAGAACAGUUACCAUCUUCGCCUGAUCGCGCCACAGAUCCAGCUGCAGAGUGAAAAGAAUAAGAAAGCUGUCGCCCUCGUUACGGCCAAGGGCAUGCAGUUAAAGGUUGUCUCGAUCAUGGAUAAACAUCGCGUAUCUGAUGAUGUUUCCGGCCUGGUACAACGUCGGUUCACUCUAGAUAUGGACAGUGCCCAGUUCUUCGUAACCACCCAGAAAAGCUUGUUCAAACAUCUUCAUCUUUAUUCCGGUAAUAGGUACGGAAACGCGCCAGGCUCUGCAUGGCCUCCUUGGGUGUCUCUUGAGUGCAUGUUUGAUUUCGACCUGGAUCCAUCUGGUUUUUCAAGAAUUAUCCAGAAAACUUCUGCAAGCCUGCGGUAUGACAAGUACAAUACACUGAGAUUGAAGUAUAAUGAGAAGAUUGCGAGCGAAAACGAUGAAGAUAACCCGGUAGACCUUCCAACCUACAACGAGGACCGGAUGGAUCAAAUCUUGGUUGAGUUUUCGCAUGUGCGGGCGAUAUGUGAUUCUGAUCAGUACUACUCCAUGUAUAUCAUUGUGCUUGACCUUCUACUUUUCAGCGAACCGCUUGAAAAAGUACGAAGCGAGAAGCUCGAAAAGAUCAUGCUUGCCUCGGAUUUCAGUGACUUAAGAGGUGCUCCUCAGAUGGUGAGCCGCCUGCAGCAAAGGAUACGUCAACUCGAGGAAAUCAAGAAUGUGUUCCAAAUACAAGCCAAAUACCUCGACUCUCAGGGGUGGCAGGAUUGGAUCGCGCUGGAACGUGAUUUAGCACUAUGCGAAGAUGAAUUGUUCUUCAUCAUGAAAGCUAUCACGACCUCACAGCGCAAAAGUGAGGAGCGAACCGUGUCACACUCGAGUGGGGUCUUGCGCUGGGCCUUGUCAGCAUCCGAGCUCGUGUGGCAUCUAAUGACGAGCCCUCAAGAGCCUCUUGUGGAGUUCCAAUUGCGGAAUGCGUCGUAUGCGCGGACUGACAACAUCGAUGGGUCGAACCGGAAUACGAUAGAGAUUCAACAGAUCUACGGUCUCAAUCUUCUCCCCAGUGCAAUCUACCCGCAAAUGAUUGUUCCCUACCUGGAUGAGCACAGAAAAACUCCGCAAAACGAGGAUGACAAUUUGCUCAAGGUCGAUUGGUUCAUGCUCGAAGCUGUCGCUGGGAUACCUGUAUUGAAUCAUUUCGAAGUAACUUUGUUGCCAUUAAAAGUUCAGCUGGAAAGGGAGCUUGGAAAGAAGCUGUUCGAAUACAUUUUCCCCGGGAUGGGCUCAAAUGCGUUUGAAAACGGGGCGUUCUCACCGUUCAUGAUAAAGCACAUGCGCCCGCAAGAGGAUGGGUCGGAUAGCGAAGAAGAUCAUACCGAACCCGCGACUCCCGCCAGUAGCACUGGAAGCGGCUCUGCGGAUGACGCCCAGUCAUUUAUUUUAGGCCCUGGUGCCAUGGAGAACCGUUUGAAACCCACUCUCACGUUCUCAGAUCAUCGCCGAUCGGUUUCGCCUUCGCAACGAACCAAGGGCCUUGCGAUGACGCCCCUCCACAAGGACAAUCCACGCAGGCAUCUAGCUGCGGGCGACAGACCACGAUCGGCAUCUCGCCCCUCGACAAGUCGUAUACCAAGGAAGGCAUCUGCCGAUAAUCUCCGCCCCCUGAGUAGGAAUGCCACUGACAGAUCGUUAGUGUAUGUAAACGGGGCUGAAGAGAGGGGCAAGAAAUUCGGGUUGGCGAGGUCCUCAACCAAAUCUUCCACUACAAAUGGCGAUAAGACCUCCGAUGACCUAUCCCAGAUGAUGUCCCGUGCUUCUAACUUCAUGACUUUGGCUCAUGUUAAAAUCAACGAUGUUGUUCUCUGUUUGAGUUACAAAGGGAAAGGGGAACGCAAUAUCGAGGAUGUGCAUAACUUCGUCUUUAGGCUUCCCGUGCUUGAAUAUCGGAAUAAGACCUGGUCAAAUCUUGACCUUGCUCUACGACUUAAAAAAGAUGUUAUCAAAGCACUCAUCUCUCACACUCCCGCAAUCCUUGGCAAUAAACUAUCACAUCACCGCCCAAACAAACAGCAACAAAUACGUCUGCGUGAACUCGCUUCCUCGACCCAGGUCCUCAGCGUAUCUGACAGCUUCGCAAACACACAUACCGCACCUUCUUCAGAUGGAGGAGGCAGUUUCAUCAGUCACAGCUCCGCCAGCGAAAGAUCAGAAUCCCCCCCUCGUCGUUCCUUCACCUCAACUGCCUCACCCCUUGGCCGCUCAAAUUCAGUGACAUCUAGUGCAGCGCGAUCUUUAACGAUGCCUCACAUCAUAUCUGACUCGCGGUCCGCCAGGAGUGAAAACAUCGAUCCCCGCGAUGAUGGUUCCCACCUCUUUUUAGAAUCGGUCCCGAGACCCCGUACGAGUGAUAAUCGAUCUCUACGCCAACUCAAUGGGGGUGGGGAUGAUGAUGAUUCUCUAGCCGAAGGACGACGGAAAAAUUCUCUGGCCCGUAUAGGACAGAAGCUGAUGGGCUCUCGAGAACCCCGUGGCCCUUCCCUUGAAAGAAAAUGAAACUGGCCCCAUAAAUCUUGGCCAAUGGACUUUCUGGGCCCUACCCGUGUGGGGCACCGCACCUUAAACGAAACACUCAGAUACCUUCCUAGUUUACAUCCCUACUCUAUGGCUUUCCUCAAAACGCUAAGCCCGACACCUACUUUCAACAAUAACCAUCUCAUUCAUAGAUAAUCACCCUCUUUCUUAUCUUAUUUCUUGUUUUCUUGACAUCAGUUGCAUUGCGGGUGGGACCCCAACAUUGGCAGGAAGAGAUAUGUUUUAAAACACAGCAUAUAAAUGGCGUUUCUCAAAUCUCCUUGUUGUAUGGACGGCUUGACAUACGAACUCUUUUAUUACCACUACCCUUCUCGCGUUUAUUGGCCCUACUUGACCAUUGUGUGUUGUUUGGGUGGAUAUCUAAGCUCUUGUUUAUCUUUUUUACUUUCUUUACUUUUUUUUUAAUUUUCUUUUUCAUCUAUUCUUUCCUAGGUUCUCAGAUACAUGCAUGCAUCUUAACUGGGGUAUACUUUUGCUUCUUGUUUUGUCUAAGUUUAUCCCUUAUCUAUCUGACAGCGUAUCAUUCCUAUUUCAACAUUUAUACCAGUUUUCAUUCCUGGACAAAGGGACUCAUUUAGGCGCACAGUUCGCAGCCCGCUUUAUAAAUCUUCCCUUUCCAACGCUACGGAAGAAGCGAAUUAUGGGGAAAUUUCCGCCCUGCGACGACAUAUUUAUUUUAGAAAAAAAAAAAAAAUGAAAAAAAAUGAAAAAUGAAAAAUGAAAAAUGAAAAGAAAAGAAAAAAAGACGAGAACUCGUUUUCCAACGAACGCUUAUCCUUCCGUGUUCUAUGGACAAUAUUUCCUCUACCUUUCUUCUCUUCCUUUUCGCCUUAUUCCCAUCUCGUUUCCUAAGAAAUUAUUUAGCAUAUCGCACGCAUAUAUUCAGGUGUCGGUCAGUCAGUCAGUUGAUUUUGUGUAUGGACUUGGGACUCUGUCUUCUCUCUUCUUUUUUCUCCUUUCCUUUCUUGUCUGUGUUACUGUUUCUUUCUUCUUUCUUCCCCCUUUCUCUACUUAGCCAAAUUUAUGCAUAACCAUCUUGCAUUCAUGGAAUUUCCCUUUUGAGAACACGAGUUGCUUCCAACACCUGUGAUAGAGUGUCCAAAGCGAGAGCUAGGUUUUUGCCGAACAAAUAAAAUUUUGUUGUAGUGCUCGAACUGUUCUAUUUACAUUUCGAUUGGUAUCCUGAUUGAAAGAGCAUACAUAGGCUGAUUAGUAGCUUGCUCUACAAGUGUGAUCUGGGCAAUUGGGUUAUGAGUCGCAUAUAGAUACGUUCGAAGAGUUCCUACGGGCAAGGGUGAGCGGAAUCGGAUUUGCGAGCUUGAAAGCCGUCCUGUGUAAAAAGAAAAUCGCUUCUUCGGGUGUUUCAUUUAUUUAAUUUUACAAGCAUAAGUGACUAAUUACAAAGAAUAACUAAGAGAACUAUUAUGGUGCCAAGAGGGAAUGGUGAGA